AUGCCGAAACUACGAAAAUGUUGUGUUGUAAGUUGCAAUGCAAACAACGAGACUCAUCGUCUUUUCAAAUUCCCUAAAGACGAUAAAUUACGAGAAUUAUGGUUGUUUUACUUGGUGCCUGUUAAUGUUCAGCUCAGUGGUUUGACAAAGGGACAGUUGUUGAACAAAUAUGUGUGUCACCUGCACUUUGACAGACACCAGUUUGAUGGUGCAGGUAACCGACUCGCUCUUGGUUAUCCUUGCUUAUUUACUUCAAAAGAAAUACUUCACGGUAUUCCGUUGAGCUCCAUCAAUGAACGCAAUUGGAACGAUCACAAUUAUUGCAAACUGCCCACUGUGUUACAAGACUCAACUGAAACCACUACCAUUAAUGAAGAAGAUAUAAAAGCAAAAACUGACUGA